AUGGGCCAGCACAAUGUCGGCGACACCUCGCCUUUUCUCAAGCGCAUCUUGAUCCCCUUCUGGUGCGUUCGCAUCUUUGUCAUGGCCAUCAACGUCGUCGUGUACAUCCUCGCCAUCAGCGUCGUGGUUCGCUACAAGGACGACAUUUCCCACUUCGAGACCGAAUUCGGCACGAACCUCUCGCCCAACGCCGUCAUUGCCAUCUGGGUCGUCAUCAUGAUCAUCCUCGCCCUCUGCUUAUCGCUCGACCUUGUCGCCAUCAUCAAGCGCGCGCGAAGAAACCUGUCGCCCAAGUUCUUCCUCAUCAUCAACGUCAUCCAGACCUUCGUCUGGACCGUCCUGUUCGCGCUGUCCUUUGUCGGCGCGCGCGCCAGUGCCGCAUCCACGGCCAUCGCUGUCAUCAUCUACCUCUCCUUUGUCGGCCUCCUCAUCUACGCCGCCAUCAUCUUCCACAAGGACCGCAAGGGGACCCUGCAGUACGCCCCCGCCGUGAACCCCGCCACCGGCUACGAGCCCCACGCCCCCCAGCCCAACCUCAACUACCAGCAGAGCGGCGCCUACCAGCCAUACGCACAGCAGACGCAUGCCCAGGGCGGCGCCCAGUAUGCCGGCCAGGCGUACGGCCAGGACUACAACAAGCCGGUGUACGGGCAGCACCCCGAGUCGCACGAGCUCAGCCACCAGCCGCGGUACGCGUGA